AUGGACUAUUACCAAGCAGUUACAGAAGACCUGGCCAAUGAAAAUGAUAAUUCAAAGUUUUCAAUUCUUUUCAAUGAUAAUUCUGAUUUUGAGUCAGAUCUGGACCAAGAAGAUUAUUCCAGUGAAGAGGACAAAGAGCAAGAUAUGAUAGAUAUAGAUGAAGAAGAUGUACCAGAAAGAAUAGGCAACGAUAAUCUGGAGUCAACUGUUGAAGAAUUAUCUAAUGGUUUUAAAUAUAUUGAUGGAUUCAUUGUGAAAGAUGGAAAAGUUUACAAUGCGGGCGGAAGUACUUUUAGAAUCCACCAUAAACAUGUUUGGAAUGAAAUUUUAAAAAAACGCUUAAGAAUUGUUCAAAUUUCCAAGUAUAGAGUAGGAAGGAUCUAUAAAAUCAGAAAUAAUACUAUAUUUAAUUAUGUGGAGCCCGUGACAAGGUUCGUUAGUCAAAAACGAGGAAAAACAAGUUUUCUGAAUUAUCCUUCGAAUGGUGCUGUUAAAGUUACGGGAGCAACAGUUAAUUUUAGCACUAGUGAAUAUGUCAUGAUUGUACUGAGUAAACCUGGAGAAGACUUGUCUUCUUAUUCUAAAGCUCAAGAUGAGACACCACAAUUGGAAGAAAAUAAUACGAUUCUAAAUACGAUGUAUGGUGAUAUUAAAUAUGAUGAUGAUGAUAUUCAACUUGUUAAAAAUGCAAACAAUGCUGAAAUGAUUAAGUAUGGAGAAAUGGUAUACUGGACUCUAUAUAAUAAAGCAACAAGAUCAUUCUAUUUUGAAGAUAUUGUAACUACUACUAAACAUAAUGGGGUUAAGAAAACAACUAAAUUUAUCAGAAGACAUAACCCAGCUCAUGCGGAUUCAUUAGCACGCUCAUUUGGUAGGCUCAUGUGUAUUGUUUGGAUUGCUAAAGAUUUAAAGAUGAUUGAUAAUGAGAAAUAUACAAUCGACUUGGCUCUCGUUAAUGAUAUUUUGGAUCCAUCAGAUGAAAAGAAAGUCGAAUCGAUUACAAAAUUAGUUAGAAGAUUUAUUGAAAAACCAGAUUCAUUAAUUGCAGCUGUAUUUUCGUUGUUUUUCACUCGUUUUAAUGAAAGCAAAUUUUAUCUGGUAUCGAUUUGUAUUAAAAGACUUAAUAGUAUUAAAAAUAUUUGUAAGUAUGCAAUGGCUACUACUCAUGAAAAUUUGAUCAAGUAUGAAAAAGACAAAUCAUUAGAAUCUACAAAUGUUCCUGGAACAGUACUUACCGACAGAUUGACUGGCUUGCUUAAAGAAGAAGUAAAAUGUUUAAAUGAUGAUGUUUGUGUUAUUGGAGAUAGAGAAAUUUCAAAAGAUGAUUUAAUUGACAUUUAUAAAGCAGCCAAAACCAUUUUUGACGACUCUUGGGAAAAGAUUUGUCUUCAUGCCAACAAGAAUAUAAGUCAAGGAGUCGUAUAUAACAAUUAUAGGUUUAGUCUAACAUCAGCAACAACACAUGCAGGCAAUUUUUUGCCGCAAAAAAUCGUAAAUACUUUUUCAAGUCUGGCAAUUCAAGAAAAAGAGAAGGUGUUGAACCUAAUUCAAAAAUGUACUUUAACUCUCAUGGCUAUGAUAUACGUCACUUCAAGUGAUACAUAUAGGUUUUCUGAGCUUCGUUCCUUGGUAUUUAGGGCACAUUCAUAUUGUGAUAGAAACAUUGUCAACGUGAAUAAUAGUGUGCACAUUCAAACAUUUAAAAAUGGAAAGCGGAAAAACAGACUUAGUUGGUAUCCUACGGUCAUAUGUGAAAAGAUUGUGGCUUUCUUGUUUGCUCUUCGGACUUUGCAGUAUCGGUUAUUAGAAGGUUCGUUUGAAAAAUUUAGAUCAAAAGAUUUUUCAGGUGAAGUUGACGCUAGACAAACCUUUAGAACAUUUUGCUUUCUUGAUAAUACAGGUAGAUUAAUAACUUUGAAAAAAUUUGCAAACUUUUUACAAGUUUUGCAACCAAUUAAGAGUCUUAGCUUAAGAGAUAUUAGAAAGGCAAUCACUUUUAUGGCUAAUAGAAAUGUAACAACUAGGGUCCAUCAAGAUGCGGUUGCUUUCAUGGAAAGAAUGCGUAGUCGUAACCCAGAAAUUGCAAGACAGCAUGCUCAAGACUUAAAUAGUAUCAUCAAAUAUUUUUUUGAGUAUAAUGUACCUGCUGCAGAAUCCAUGGGUAAAAACUGGUGCAAAUAUCUUAAGAUAAGAUAA